GCCAUUUUUGUUUGAGACAGGAUGACAGGGGGGACGGAGCAGAUGAGGAUAUAAUUUGUGAAACAGAUGACAAAAUAAACUCUGCUUUCAAGGGUAUGGCAAAGAGGUGUUGGGACCACCGACGCAGCUAAGGGGAACUGGUGUUUGUGGCGCACCUUCAAAGAAACUGCGGAUUUUAUGCAAGUUUACUGGAUCUUCUGUUCCGUUUUCCUAUGGCGUAGAUAAGCACCAGUCUUUUAAAAAAAUACAGUAUUUUUCUUUUUUGGUGUGGAAGGAGUGACUUCUGAUUAAUUUAAGAAUACAGUUUUCGUUGUUUUCAUCAUUAAAUGAAAGCCAAAGAAAUGUGUAAUGCAAGGAAACAUUUCUAGCACUACUACAUCUACCCUUGUUGGUACCGAGGACGGAGUAAUAACGACAACUGGACAUUUUUUGGAUGUUCGCUGGCGAUUGUCGAAUAACGUUGCUGAAUUUCUAGCUAGCUAGCUAGCUGGCUGCUAGUUAGCUAAAGAACUGUUUCAGAAAAAGAAGAAGCAAGAUUGCCAUUUUCUCCUGGAAGGUCACGCACCAAAGGAUAACAGUCAACGAUGACAAGUAAUAUUCCAUCCGAUAUGAUAAACUUGAGGCUGAUCUUGGUGAGUGGAAAGACAAAAGAGUUCCUGUUCUCUCCCAAUGACUCUGCUGCCGACAUCGCCAAACAUGUGUAUGAUAACUGGCCAAUGGACUGGGACGCAGAGCAGGUCAGCAGCCCCAACAUCCUGAGGCUUAUCUACCAGGGGAGGUUCCUGCACGGCAACGUGACGCUAGGAGCACUAAAACUUCCCCUUGGCAAGACUACAGUGAUGCAUUUAGUUGCCAGAGAGACAUUGCCAGAGCCAAAUUCUCAAGGUCAGAGGAACCGCGAAAAGACCGGAGAAAGCAACUGCUGUGUGAUCCUGUAAAUACAUCAAGUUAUCUCCUCUAACCAUGAUGUAAUAUAGUCUUUGUCUUUCAUGCUGCUGAAACAGACACUUAACUUUGCUUUGAGGACCAGUAGAAGCAGUUUGUUUUUAAGAAGCCUGAAAAAAUGUUGCUCUGAACUGGAUCAUCAUAUUUUUACGUUUCAUACCUCAGUAUCGGACUUCCUUCUUAUUAACCUUGAAUGCAGGUUGACUGUUGCAUUUAAACAUUGUGUUGACCCUGGUAGAGCAGACAGUUUGCACAUGAGAAGGGCAGUAUUUUUGCUUAUUGCACAGUGUAAUGAUUACGGUUUCUCUGAAGUCUUCAUAAACAGGAAUAUAUUUGUUGAACUCCAUUGAAGAGGCUUGUACAUUACCUGACGAUCUUGUUAAUCCUGUAGUUCUUUUUUUUCAGAGAUUUAGGUCUUCUGUACAUGUUGAAGGUGGAUGACUUGGAUAACACAGAAGUUAGGCUGGGUUGAAUUUUACCACAUAUUCCAUCACUAAACCUUUUGGUGAUACAGUGCGUGUGGUCUGAAGUUAAGGGGCUCUGGUGUUACAUACUCAACCCUCCUGUGCUCCAUAAUGGAUCAUUUAUCCACUGACAGAAUUACGCUUCUAAGCUUUGCUACUAUCAAUAUUUUGAGCAUUAUAAGACCAAUUAUCAAUGUGCCUAUAGUCUGAAUACAAUCAACAAGGAUUUGACUUUUUUCCAUUUGCAUUCCAAAAGUGUAAAUUAUGGUCUAAUUCCAACAGUAAUGCCACUGGUGCAUAUCCUAGCCUUAGACUUUAUUAUGUCACUGUAGUCUUCAUUGCGUGUUAAAGAACACCAAACAAAUGUCCAUAGCAUUUCUGUCCAUUGCGUUGUGACUGUGUUUUGACAGUCAGUAUGCGUACUGUACCUUAAUCGCCCAGUGUUUUGUACCACUGUGCAGAAUGGUUAUCAUCACACCUUCGUUU